GCCUAGUACUCACUAGUAGACAUGUCUCGCGAUUUUGGUCUCAGAGACAUGUCUAAAGUUGUCUCAGUAUGUCUCGGUAGACAUGUCUAUAGACCAAAUCCGGUCUACGGGGCGGUUGCGACACUAAAAAUCGCAGGUCUCAAGUCUCCCGAUUGAAAUGGGAGACUUGAUGCAACGUUGGGAUACGUUGCGCAACAAGGUGAUAGUGAGUACCUCGCGUCUAUAGACGAGACAUU